GCUGCCUAAAAAAGUUAAGAGACAGAGAUCACCCGCGCUGCGCUGCACCGCCCCGAGGACGAUGGCCGCGUCUCCUGCACUGCUCCUCCUGCUCAGCCUCACGCUCUGCUGCACCGGGGCCAAGGGACAGAGGAACUGGAUGGUGGCCAGGUUCCUCGACAGGAAUAUGAAGCACCCCAAGGAGGGACAGCGGCUGGAGCUGGAGUGCCUGCAUUAUGACAGGGACAGUGGUGUCUCCUGGGUCCGACAGGGCAAGGAUGGGAUCCUUCACUUCAUCGUUUAUACUUCCACGUUAUCCCGGACCACCUUCCCGGGGAAUGAGAGAACAUCUUCGAGAUUUGAAGGGUCAAAACAAGGCAACUCCUAUCGGCUGGUGGUGAAGUCCUUCACUGCACAGGACCAGGGGACCUAUUUCUGCAUCGCCAACAUCAACCAGGUGCUGCACUUCAGCUCUGGACAACCUGCCUUCUUCCCAGUCACAACAACGACAGCAGCACCCACCACACCCGCUGCCACCACCCGCAGCAGCCACGUCACCAAGAAGGACAUCUGCCUGCACAGCCCAGAUCCAGGAACAAGCAAGGAGAUAUUGCUGAAUUUCUACUGUGAGAUUUUCAUCUGGGCUCCCCUUGCUGGCAUCUGCCUCGUGCUUCUUGUAGCUCUGAUCAUCACCAUCGCGCUCUGCCAAAAGACCAGAAGACGACGAUGCAGGUGUAAGAGACCUCCAAACGGGAAGCCUGGCACAAAACCCAGCAUGCCAACCCGACACGUGUGAGCAGCUGCACCGCCCGGCCGCGGGUCGGCAUCUGGGAGCCACCGCUGCCAAAGGCCAUCUCCCACGUCACCCACACAGCUACUUCUCAUGCACGCUAUCCUGAGAAAUCCAAAAAGACAGCGAAGGAGCAGUCACACACAGCCAGCACCUCCCUGAAGCACAGCUCUUACCAGAACCGGAGCUUUUCCAUCGGAUUCCGAAGGCCCAGCAGCACCUUUAGACCCAGGGUAGCUCUGCAGUUCGGGCAGAAGCAAGAGGUCAGUCCUGAUGCAAACACACCCACGGGUGAUACGAGGAUGAGAAAUAAGGAUAUUGACUGGACACCUUUUUUUGGGGUGCUGUGCAGCCCCCUCAAAGUUUCCUACAGUCACAGAAUGGCUUCGGUUGGGAAGGACCUUGAAGACCAUCGAGCCCCAGCCAUGGGCUGGGUGCCCCCAUGGGGUCAGGCUGCCCGGGGCCCCAUCCAACCUGGCCUCGAGCAAAGUUUCAUCUCAUAGAACAUAGGGCUGCACUGACAAAGCACACACGGAUAUAAGGGCUGUGCUCUAGGGGGUUUUUACACUCCUGCAGGCUGAAGUUUCCUAUCUCCCCUUUGCUCCCCUCAUCCUGCUGCUAGCCCCACGUCCACUGCACUCAGCAUUUCAGUCUGAGCACGGAGUGGGACUUCCCUCCUUUCUGGAAUAAAUGGAUGAGUAUAAAUGAAUAGCCUUUGUUACUUGUUUUGGCUGAGCAGGACUUUCAGCAUACUUGGGGCACUCUGACUGAGAGAUCUGCUUAUUUUUUCAGCUCCGUGCCUGAUGUAAAUAUUUCCCUAUUACACCGACACGUCAACAUCUGAGAUAAAAUAAAGCCAUGUUUCCAGCCAUGAU